AUGCCAAUGGAGGAGGGAAAUGACCAAAUCCAGGAUGAGCUUCAGACGCAAGAGCUUCAGACGCAAGAGCCGGAAAGUAUUGUGACUGAAAUUUUGCCCGUCUUGGUUGACGAAGAUGAUGCUGUCCCGGUUGACGAGGAAGCGGUCCUUGCUAGUGAAGAGAACACCUCUAUCGAACCUAAAGAAGUGAUGGUCGAGGAGCGCGCUGCUGUUGAUUCGUCGCCGGUUGGUGAGCUGGAGUCAGAAGUUGACGUGCUGAUGGAGGAGACCGAGACAUCAUCCGACGCGGGUGGUAAUGAUUCCGCCGAUCUGGUUGAUGAUGUAGUGACGGAGGUUGUGUCCGAGGAAGACGGUCGUGUAAGCAACUCGGUCGAAGAAGUGAAGUCUGAGGCUGCUGACAAUGACGUAUCCUCUGCCUCCAACGAUGAUGUAGAAGUGGAUGCCUCUGUCGAGACCGACGAGGUUGGUGUUGCUGAAGAAUCUUUCGAACCCGCUACGGUUGACAACGACGACGGAGAUUCUGGCAUUGUUUGUGAAGAAAGCAGCGCCGAAUCGGAGGACGUGGUGGAGGUGGAAGUGCUUCAAGAGGGAUUGGAUUUGUCCUACCCGGAGACAAGUGUGGAGCAGCCGGACGAAGCUAAUGUCGAGUUCAAUGAGUUGCCGUCCACUAACUUGAAUGAGGAGAACGAGGAGAUUCAAGCUGCGUUGGGUGACAAUGAAGAAGUGUCUGCUGCAUCUGAUGAAGGAGAGACCAAGGUGACGGGGUCUGAUAUUGAGUAUGGCUCUGUUUCGGUUGAUGAACUUGAGGUAGAAGCAGAUAUGGUGACCGAUGUAACCGACGACGAUGAACCCGAGGUAGAAGCAGAUGUUGGGAUGACUGAGUCGGAGGCAGAAGUUCCCAGCGAGGCGUCUGAAGUGGAGGUGGGCAUCGUUGAUGAAGAGUCCGCCAAUCCUGACGAUCUGGAGACGGGGGAGGACGCAUCUUAUGGUCUUACGCCCAGCGAGGACGUUGAGCCUGAUACUGCAGUUUUGGAUGGCGAGCCUUCGUCUACCAUGGACGUGGAAGCGUCGAUGCUAGAGCUUGACUCGGAACUAGAGUUAGAAGUUGUCCCUGGCGCUGAAGUAAACGAAGAUCCUGUGGUGGAGAAAUAUGAAAACAGCGUGGGCGUUGACUCGUUCGUCGGCGCGCCAGAGGAGGAUGAAAUCUUAACCGAUGAUAGUGUCGAUGUCGAUGUACGGGAUGAAGAGCCAAUCGUGACCGAGAUCGAAGCUGAAUUGUCUGUUGCUACAAGCGACAUUGCCGAAGAGUUGGAUGUUCUUGAGGCGAGCACUACCAGCUUGUCGAGCGAAGAAGCUGAGGUUAGCGAUGAAGCCAUUGUUGACGAGGAAGCUGUUAUUACCGGAGAAAUGGACGUAGGCGAGGAAGCUAAGGUGGAUGCUGAAAGCGACUAUCACGUCGAGGCAGAUCUGACAAUCCCUGUUGAAGAGGAGAAGGAGGUCCCGGCGGAGGAUGAUGAUGCGGUGCUAGAGGGCCAGAGCGUUGAGGUUGCCGCCAAGAGCGGUGACGUUGAACUGGCUGAGAUGGAGACUGAGACUGCUGGGUUCGAGUUGGAGGAAGUACAACAGAGCAAGGUGGAGGGGGAGUCGGUGGAAUCAGCCGGAAGUGAGACUCACGAGCUGCAGGAGGACGACAGCGAGGAAACGGUGGCUGCUCCUGUCGAGGUCGAGGUAGAUGCUGAAGAGGAAGGUGACGCGCACGCAGAAAAUGACGGUUCUCCUUCUGAGAAUGAAGCUGAGACCUCAGAAGACUCCCCGAUCGAUACUGAAGUGGUCGAGGACGCCGAACCAACCAAUCCGAUCGAUGUCGAAGCGGAGCAGUCUGCGUCUGAGGUUGAGCUGGUCGGUGAUAUGGUCGACGAAUCUGUGACGAUCGAAGCCACGGAAACGUCGGACGACGAGGUGGUCGCUGCAGAUGAGUCGAGUGAGCAGGCUGAGAGCCAAGACAUUGCUGAGGCGUCUGAAGAAGAAUCUGCGCCUCCUGUCGACCAAGACGUUGUCGACGAGGAGGAGUCAGUGGUGGACGCAGCCAGCGACGAUGAUGUCGAGCUCACCGAGGAAGUCUCUUCCGCCAGUGUCGACGACGAAGUGACGGAAUCGCAGCAAGAGCUGACCGCCCCCGCGACGGGCGAAGUGGAGAGCGGCGGCCUUGCUUCUGCCGUGAAUGAAGUUCUCGCCCGGCUGGUGGAGCCUUUCGAGGCGGCCAAGACUGCUGCUCCCGCGGUGGCAUCCGAAAGCGAACACGUUGUAGACGAACUGUAG